CGGAAAUUUCGUAAAUAAGUUCUAAAGACAUUUUAGUUCAAUAAAAAGUUAUAAAACCACUUGUGUUGUGGAUUUUUCAGUGAUAAAUCAGUGCCGUGUUGUGCCACUUCAGUCGUCAGUUGUUUUUAUUUUUUUUCAACGUCCACAAUGUCCCGCGACCGCUCAUCCCGCCGGUUCUACCGGGCGGAAUCCACCCACGACCUACUGUCCUUCAUGGACAAAGGUCAAGCUGCCAGUGAUGAGAAUAGAUGGACCUUCGAGACUGCUUGGGAGGCUGCUAAUAAAGUUGGCGGUAUUUACACUGUAAUCCGAUCGAAGGCGUAUGUUUCUACCGAGGAGAUGGGCGAGAAUUAUUGUUUGCUCGGGCCAUACAAGGAACAAUGUGCUCGUACUGAAGUUGAGGAAGCGGACUUUCCGUCUAAUUCUCCCCUUCAUGCCGCCGUUACCGCUUUGAGACACCAGGGUUACAAGCUUCACACAGGUACGUGGCUUGUGGACGGUAACCCGCAGAUAAUUCUGUUCGAUAUUGGCUCUGGCGCGUGGCAAUUAGACAGCUACAAACAAGAGCUCUGGGAUACAUGCGCGUUGGGUAUCCCGCACCUUGAUAUUGAGGCUAACGAUGCUGUUAUUUUGGGCUUUAUGGUCGCACAGUUUAUUAGUGAGUUCCGCAAGGCAGCUGAAAAUUACACCGAUACUCCACCUCGUGUAGUUGCCCAUUUCCACGAAUGGCAGGCCGGCAUCGGCCUUAUUGUUCUGAGAGCCCGCCAUGUAGAUGUCGCGACUGUGUUCACAACACACGCUACGCUUUUGGGAAGAUACCUGUGCGCUGGCAAUACCGACUUCUAUAAUAAUUUGGAUAAGUUCUCUGUGGACGAAGAAGCUGGCAAGAGGCAGAUUUACCAUCGUUACUGCAUGGAACGAGCCGCGGCUCAUAUGACACAUAUCUUCACGACCGUCUCUGAUAUAACAGGGUACGAAGCGGAACAUCUGCUCAAAAGAAAGGCCGAUAUAAUAACUCCAAACGGUCUUAACGUGAAGAAGUUCUCCGCUCUGCACGAGUUCCAGAACUUGCAUGCUUUAGCCAAAGAAAAAAUACACGAGUUUGUUAGAGGACAUUUUUAUGGCCACUUCAACUUCGACCUUGACAAGACACUAUAUUUCUUCAUAGCUGGUCGGUACGAGUUCGGGAACAAGGGAGCCGAUAUUUUUAUCGAAGCUUUGGCACGGCUGAACCAUUAUUUGAAGGCAUCAGGGUCGCCAUAUACAGUGGUGGCGUUUUUGAUAUUCCCUGCGAAAACCAACAACUUCAACGUAGAAAGCUUGCGCGGCCACGCCGUCACAAAAGCUUUGAGGGACACCAUACAGGACAUACAACAGAAGGUUGGCAAACGGAUGUAUGAUAUUUGCCUCAGAGGUCACCUACCCGACACGUCGGAGCUGUUUCACAAAGACGACACGGUCCGUCUAAAGAGAUGUAUCUACGCUUUGCAAAGAGACGGUCUACCGCCUAUUACUACACAUAACAUUGUGGAUGACUGGAGCGACCCUUGCCUGAACUCUAUUAGGAGAUGUCAAUUGUUCAACACCGUCAACGACCAAGUGAAAGUUAUUUUCCAUCCGGAGUUCCUGUCCUCCACAAACCCGUUAUUCGGUCUGGAUUACGAGGAAUUUGUCCGCGGGUGCCACCUUGGCGUCUUCCCGUCGUAUUAUGAACCUUGGGGCUAUACACCCGCCGAAUGCACUGUUAUGGGGAUACCUAGCAUCACUACUAACUUGUCUGGUUUCGGUUGCUUCAUGCAAGAACAUAUCGCGGAUCCCCAGUCGUACGGCAUCUACGUCGUUGAUCGGCGCUACAUUAGUUUAGAAGGCUCUGUGCAACAGCUAGCGCAAUUCAUGUUUGACUUUAGCAAAUUGACGCGAAGACAGCGUAUCAUCCAGAGAAACAGAACGGAGAGGUUAUCUGAUCUUUUGGACUGGAGAAAUCUUGGCAUCUACUACCGGCAAGCGCGUGCACAGGCGUUGAAAAUAGUGUACCCGGACUACGUGGACCAUAUGGACCGGGACCUCGGCAAGCAGUUCAACUAUCCACGACCCAUCUCGGAACCACCCAGCCCCACUCAUUCCAAUCGUAUAACAUCAUCAGUGCGAGAACCAAAAAAAGAAACCACGGACAAAAUAUCACAGACUGUUCACCAAAUCGAUAUACAGAAGAAAAACGCAAUCAACGUCCAGAAAAGUCUUGAAAUUCUGGAAAUAACUGAUGUCCCAGAAUCAGAUAUUGAAGUUUCAUUUAAGAAGAAAGAUCCCUUUACCGAGUCGCAGGAGGAUUAUAGAACGCCUAGUGAUUUUAUUGAACCUCUAAAUCAGGCUAUGGCGGAACAAAUUGAUCAGUUAAUUCAGAAAUUAAACGACUCUGCUGAAAACUGCGAAAGAACUUAAAGGAGGAACAACGCCCGCGGCAUCAGUCCAUGGUUCUGAUGAUGAAGAUGAAGUAGACGAGGAGAAGGAGCUUGCAGAAC